AUAUCACAGGAGUGGAUGGGAGCAGGAGCGAGAGAGAGAUAGAGACAAAGCUCAAGAAGAUGCAACUAUUCUACCACAGCAUCCUAACAGAGCUCUGAGCUGAGGGAUGCGGUCUCAUUUUUGUCUUCCACACUCUUCGUGCCCCUAUAGAUGGAAAGCGCUGUGGACUUAAAGGAUAACUUCCUCAACGUUGCUGCUGGAAUGAUCUCCCCGGCUGAGAGGUGCAGACAAGCAACAGCUGGGCUGACUGAUCUGAAGCUCUUUGGAUCUCAGCGUCACCUGGACUUGAUGUCUCCUUGCUGACUGAGCAGCUGCUGGGGAUUGCUACUCUUAAUUUCUACACACACCUGAACCUCUGCGAGCUAUUUCAGUCAUCCCAGGCUGCACUGUUGUCUUUGGGAGAGGCAUCGCUUGGAGGAGGGUGGCCGCUGUUACUGUAAAUGUGUGUCCCCGCGACCGGCGCUGCUGGACUAUCGCCCUCAAAGACUCCUGCACCUGCUGAGAGCCCCUGGAAGCCACCUGCUGUGCCUCUGGGAUGGUGUGACCGCCAGCCAGCUGUUGGCUGUCCCACAUCUGGGCCAAGAUGCCAGUGAUGAAGGGCCUCCUGGCCCCACAGAACACCUUCCUGGACACCAUUGCCACACGCUUCGAUGGCACCCACAGUAAUUUCCUGUUGGGUAAUGCCCAGGGCCACCGCGGCUACCCCAUCGUCUACUGCUCAGAUGGCUUCUGUGAACUGACAGGUUUCACGAGAACCGAGGUGAUGCAGAAGAACUGCAGCUGCCGUUUCCUGCACGGGUCCGACACCAGCGAGCACGUGGCCCAGCAGAUGGAGAAAGCUCUGGAGGGCCGAGAGGAGUACCAGGCCGAGGUCCACUUCUACAAGAAGAAUGGUGUGGCCUUCUGGUGUCUGCUAGACAUCGUGCCCAUAAAGAACGAGAAGGGCGAAAUGGUUCUCUUCCUCUUCUCAUUCAAAGACAUCACUGACACGUAUGGAAGAGGCCACCACAACAGCAAGAAGGAGGUUACAGAUGACAAGAGGCGUAGAAGGAAGAGCAGCUCGCACUUCAGCGAGGCCAGGAAGCGUGGACGCACCAUGUUGUACCACCUGACCAGCCAGUUCUCGAGGGGAGGCAAAAGAGAGGUCAACCUGGGUGGCGGCAUGAUUGACAAGCCUACGUUACCGGAGUACAAAGUGGCAGCAGUGCAGAAGUCACGCUUUAUUCUGCUCCACUACAGCGUGUCCAAAGCCCUGUGGGACUGGCUCAUUCUGCUGGCCACCUUCUAUGUGGCUGUCACCGUGCCCUACAACGUCAGCUUCACGCCGUACGAUGACACUGUCACAGCUGCACGCUCCACCAUCGUCAGCGAUAUUGUAGUGGAAAUGCUCUUUAUUAUCGACAUUAUUCUGAACUUCCGCACCACCUAUGUGAGCCAGUCAGGACAGGUGGUGUAUGAGGCACGCUCCAUUUGCAUUCAUUACGCCACCACCUGGUUCUUUGUGGACCUGGUUGCUGCCCUGCCCUUUGACCUGCUGUAUGCCUUCAACAUCACAGUGACCUCCCUUGUCCACCUGCUGAAAACGGUUCGCCUGCUGCGCCUCCUUCGCCUGCUUCAAAAGCUGGAUCGCUACUCCCAGUACAGUGCCAUGGUGCUGACCUUACUUAUGUCUGUGUUUGCCCUGUUGGCACACUGGAUGGCCUGCAUCUGGUACAUGAUUGGACGCAAGGAGAUAGAGACCAAUGAGAGCUGGGACAUUGGGUGGCUACAUGAGUUGGGCAAACGUCUGGAGACGCCCUACAUCAACAGCACGGUGGGCGGCCCGACAGUGCGCAGCUCCUACAUCGCUGCACUUUACUUUACCCUCAGCAGCCUGACCAGUGUGGGCUUCGGCAAUGUCUGUGCCAACACCGAUGCUGAGAAGAUCUUCUCCAUCUGCACCAUGCUUGUCGGCGCGCUGAUGCAUGCCCUGGUCUUUGGGAACGUGACAGCGAUCAUCCAGCGCAUGUACUCCCGCCGCUCUCUCUACCACACACGCAUGAAGGACCUGAAGGACUUCAUCCGUGUCCACCGUCUGCCACAGCAGAUCAAACAGCGCAUGCUGGAGUACUUCCAGACCACAUGGUCUGUCAACAAUGGUAUAGAUGCCAACGAGCUCCUGCACGACUUCCCUGAUGAGCUGCGGGCCGACAUCGCCAUGCAUCUGAAUAAGGACAUCCUCCAGCUGCCGGUCUUUAAAGGGGCCAGUCGUGGCUGCCUGCGCUCGCUCUCCCUCCAUAUAAAAACUUCCUUCUGUGUCCCUGGGGAGUACCUCAUCCGUCAGGGCGACGCUCUGCAUGCCAACUACUUUGUCUGCUCUGGGUCCCUCGAGGUGCUGAAAGACAGCAUGGUGCUGGCAAUAUUAGGAAAAGGGGAUUUGAUUGGAUCUGACUUGCCUGGAACAGACCAGGUGAUAAAGACCAAUGCUGAUGUGAAGGCGCUGACCUACUGUGACCUCCAGUAUAUCAACGUGCGUGGUCUGAGAGAAGUGCUGGAACUCUACCCUGAGUACGCCAGUGUGUUCGCCUCCGACAUCCACAACAACCUCACAUACAACCUGCGCGAGGGCAGCCAGGAUGAGGGCCUCAGCCGGUUUUCAAGGUCGCCCAGGCUUCACCACGAAUCCAGGCUCCCCUCUAUCGUGGAAACAAAAGGAGACGACCCUGACGACUCCUUCCACCUCUCUCCGGCUACCCGCUCUCGUCGCAACCUCCUGCUGCCCAGCUUCAGCAGCCCUGUUCGCCGUACCUCACUGGGGAACCUCCUGGGGGAUGAGUUGCGGCAAUUCAACGCCUUGCGCCGCUGCCGUUCACCAAACCUCAGCCGCGGCAUCCAUGGGCAGAGCUCGUCACCCCAGCCACCGUCGAAAAAAGAGCACAACUCCCCUAAAACCACUCCAGCCUCAACUUCAGCUCAGGGAGAGUCAGGCGCCGAGCAAAAGCCUUCAAAGCUGCUCAUCCCAACUGUCACCUGCUUUGGACCCCCAGAUCUUAGUCCCAGGGUUGUAGACGGCAUCGAAGACAAUGGACACGCGUUCCACUUCAACGUGGAGCACAGCGGGCCUAAAGCCAGCACAGGAGGCAGCACCCAAGACUCCACACAGGCUAAUGCCACUCUGCUGCUGGAGACAGAAGAGGUCAGACAGAGCAUCACUCAACUCAACCAGAAGAUGGGCACAUUAACCCAUGAAGUAUCUGAGCUCACCAAGGGCCUGCACCACAUGUUGCAUCUCAUCCAGGCCCACGUAUCUGUGCAACACUACAAUUCUGCCCUCUCCUCAUUCCCAUACGGCAUCCAAAUGGUGUCCAGCCCUCCAACAGCCCCAAACACCGGCAUGCCCUUCAACCUAGCUUCAACCUACCACCUCCAUAACGAUCCUGGGAGCCACGAAGGUAACAGCCACCAAAUUGUCCCCCCAGCUGGCCACUGGAGCUACAGUGGAGCUGCUGAAACCCAAACCGAGAGCCACCAGCCUCAAUCCUCCAGUCCACCUGCCAACUCCUGUUCGCCCCCCUCUGUAAACUCCAAGUCAGUCCCGUGUCACAGCUCUGAGAGCAUGAGGCAUCUGUGGACCAGCCCGUCUCUCCUUAGCGUCAGCCCAGGCUUCCAGAGUGGAAGUUCGGGUCUUGCACCUCAUGCUGGGCAUGAAGACUCUGACAACAGACCUCUCAGUGCUAGCCCGACCACCAUCAGCCAGUCCCAGCCCACUUUGUGCCUGCAGCCUCCCGGUGAUAACGACGAAUACUCUUGCCUUUUGUCCGGUGCCCCAACAGGGAUGUCUACACACAGCCUGCUGGACUCAUCACCCAAUUCCUACCCCCAUCUCUGCCUUCCCUCUGAGUCCCAUCUCAGCUUAUCUCAAGCCUCACAUGAAGACAUUUGUGUUCUGAUAUCCGCCCCAACAUCACAUAAUCUGAUCCAGGACACCUCCAUCUUCCAAAUCGAGGAUUCAAACCCUUUAGUCCACCCUGCAUCUGCCUCUCCACCCAUGUUGCCAGGCCACCCUCUUGAAUCCUCUCUGGAUUCAGGAUCACCACGUUCGGAGGCUCACCUCCCACUGGGCGACCCAUCUGCUAUUGAACACACCAGUCUGGAGUGCCUACUGGGGAACGGGGGCUCUAUGGAGAGCCGGGACAGUGAAAGCGCAUCAUCGCGAAGGUCCAGCAUUGGCGUCCAGACUCAGAGCACAGAGCAGUUGUGGUGUCUGGACCUCAAAGAUUAAACUGUUUCAGGGGCAGACUCACUGACUUCACUGCAACUGAAAAAAAGUAAUUGACAUGCAACUUCUUACAGUGUUUAAAGAGACCCUGCUGGAGAUUGUCGACGUGUGCUGUAUUUCCCCCUUGUAAUACCUGGGCUCUCAUAUUCGUCAAACUCCACGCAAAUUUCACCAUUUCUAUGCAAAGCAUGUCAUUUGUGCAUUACCAUGGAUUAAAUGAAGUGUGUCUUUAAAAAAAGUUCCAGUAUAUACUGUAUAUUUUUUCCAACAUCCUCAGAGCAGUUUGCAGUUAAUAUAAAUACCUGUUACCUCCUUGCAUGGUAAAGUUGUUUAUUCUUUUUCCUAAGGAAAAGGUUUCCAAAUCAAUGUGUAAGCAUUCUACAUGACAACCUGUUGAUUGUGCACACAGAUACUGUAUUUGUAAGACAGACAGGUCAGAGUGGCUGGAUGUUUUAAUAAGCAGAGGAACAAAAAUGACACAUGCUUCACCUUGCGUAUAGGGAAUAGAGUAUGUGCAUCACAAAGCGUAGAUUGUUUAUUGUUUUUAACUGAAUGUUUUUCUCAGUUCAGCAUUUUUAUUUGUGAGUUCUUGGUCUAUGAAUAACUUAUAUCCAAACUCCAAUAAGCAGUACAUAAUUUAUGAUUCCAAUUAUAAUCCCAUUGAAAAUCUUUUAGAAAGAGUUCUAUGCUUUCCUGAAGAUCCUUCAUGAGAUUUGAAGACAUUUUUUAUUGUUCUUUUUCCCUAAACAAGGCAUUAAAUAUAGCGCUGUGAAAUAGGUUUUAUUGCUCUUACCACACAAAAGAAGGUUAAAAAUAUCUCUCAAUUUUAGAAUUCUACAAAGACAACUUAGCUGCAGAUAAAUUAAACAUAAAUAAAUAUACAUACUUAGCUGAAAAGUGGGACGAGUAUGACAUAUUUAAAACUGUCAAUAAUUUACAAAAUGUGAAUGCCUCCUGGGAAAUAAAGAAACAACUCAUGAUACUCAUAUAAUAGUAUUCAGGAUUUGGAUUGAUUGACUGAUUUCUCUUUGGCUGACUAAAUAAAGUAUGCUGAAAUGUA